UCCAACGUGUGUCAUGUGGGACGUGGGGGAAUGAUGCAGUUUUUCUUAAUUGUGUAAUUCAUCGCCGUCCAAAAUUUCUGCAUUGUGUUUACCAGCCAGUACCGUAACUCAUACCAAUGCAAGACUGAACGUCUCAAGAACUGAAAGUGAGCCCUUUUCAGGCCUUAAGCGGCUCUUUUGAGCCAGUAUGCCGCGUGAGAAUGACGGGCAUUCCGAGCCGAGAGGCUCCGUGGCUGCUGCCCGUUGUGAUGAUGAUGUAAGCGGUAGGCCCGCGGUAGCCGCAGGCCCGCCUCAGCACCUACCGCCGCUGACACCGGUACAGCAGAUGGUAUCGUCUGGAACUGGAGCCUUUCUGACGGCAUUAUUCAUGACCCCUCUGGAUGUUGUGAAGAUCCGACUGCAGACUCAGAUGAAACCAAUGGCCAGCGGUCAAUGUUUUUUAUACUGCAACGGUUUGAUGGAUCACAUCUGCACGUGCAUAAAUGGGAAAGAACCGGUUAUCACGACAAUCGCCCCAUGGUACAAAAGGCCUGGCCAGUUCAAUGGAACAGUGGAUGCCAUGUUCAAAAUAGCGAAAAAUGAAGGAAUUUCCAAGCUGUGGAGUGGACUUCCUCCAACACUGCUAAUGGCAGUACCAGCCACGGUUCUCUACUACACAUGCUAUGACCAGCUGAAGGAGUGGAUGGGUUACCAGAAUGGCAAGUCUAGUAUGCUGAUACCCAUGGCAAGCGGCGGGUUAGCCAGAGUUUUUGCAGUUACUGUCAUCUCCCCGUUGGAGUUGGUACGGACCAAGAUGCAGUCUCGACCUUUGACCUACAACGAAUUGGUCAGUUGCAUCAGGACGGCCAUACAGGACGAAGGCUGGUUGUCGCUGUGGAGGGGUCUGGGUCCCACACUUCUGAGGGACGUUCCAUUCUCAAUGAUUCUAUGGGUCAGCUACGAGUACAUGAAGGCCAGAGUCUGUCUGAAAUACCAUCGGAAGGAGCCAACGUUCUUGGCAUCAUUUCUGGCCGGUGCUGUGUCAGGAACGGUUGCAGCUGUUCUUACCUCUCCGUUUGAUGUCGUGAAGACACACCGACAAAUAGAACUCGGAGAAGCCAUGUUCAAUACCAAAAAAGAUUCCAGUUACCGCGCCUCCUCGACAUGGCAUAUCAUGCAGAGACUCUAUGCAGAGAGGGGAUUCAGAGGCCUUUUCGCAGGUAUUUCCCCUCGCAUUGCCAAAGUGACCCCAGCUUGCGCGAUGAUGAUCAGUACGUACGAGGCUGGGAAAGCGUUCUUCCAUAAGCGCAACGAGGGUGCUCUGUCUCUUACGUAGCAUCAGAGAAUUGGAUAUCAAGGAUCUUGGAAAUCGACCAAUGAGAGGGAAGAGAAAAGCGCAGAGGACCAUUCAGCCAUUAGCUCCGCCCACCGUUUGGAUGUUUACAUUUGUCAGUUCUCCGAAGUUUUAAUUUGAAGACAACCGUGUCAAAGGUCAAAGUGCAGAGGUUAUCUUUUAACUGUAGGGCAAGUCUAAGAAAAGGUUCUCUUUUUGUCCCAUAUGUAAGCCAUGUUUUCUUUAAUUACAUUAUCAUCGCAAAGACUAAUAACAUAGAAAUUCCUGUGGGUAUUCUCCUGGCAGAUGCCCAAUGUUAGUAGAAUAAAAA